AUGUUUGAGGAAGGGACAAAAAUUACAAUGGCUGAUGGAAACCUUGAGGAUAUUCAUAACUUAAGGGAAAAUGAUAUAGUGAUGAGCGAUAAUGGCACUACGGCGCGAGUUAUUUCUAUUUCCAGGGAUAUUCAGACCACUUAUUUACUUAGUCAAAGGACAAAACAUAGAAAAACUGAAAACAAUAUGACGUUUGAUCGGUCUUACCGUGAAAACAUCGAUGGAGUACUUGAUCUAAAAUGUUCAUUAGGACAUACUCUUAAUCUUACUUUAUCUACCAAACCCACUCUGGAAAAAUCAUUUAAACUUAACCAAAUAUUAGUAAGAUGGAUACAAUUAGAAGAUAUUGUAACCGCUAAUGGUAGGAUUAUUAAUAUUCCAAAAUUUCAUAAUAAAAAAUUUCCCCUAAAUGACAUUGGUACUUUAGAGGCACAAACCUAUUUGAACAGUAUUCUAGUUCAAAACAGCAAACCGCUGGUAUAUGAUCUAGAGGUCCGAGAUCUAGAUUAUUUAGAUGCGCAAUCACGUUCACGAUCAAAAUUAUGCGUUAAACCGGUGCUUACAGGAAAUGGUAGAUUAUCUGAAUUUUUAACAGGUCAACGUCAUUUAAAUACACUGAGUGUUCAAAAUAUGGCUUGGUUAAUAGGUCUGUGGAUAGGAGAUGGCACCACUGUUAGACCUGAAAUAUCUGUUGAUAGUCUAGACACCAGUCUAAUGGAAGCUCUUAUUGAAUUAACCAAACCUUGGGGUAUAUAUCCCAGUUAUACAGACUCUGUUAUUCCAUUAAGAGCGAAGCAUGUCAAAUUAUAUUAUGGUAAGAAACCUGCCAAUAAAAAAUAUUAUCAAAAUUGCAAGACUAAUAAUCCGUUUUGGAAAGUGGUAACUGAACUUGAUUUUAAAAAUCGAGAAGAUGGUUCAAAAGAAAUACCUCCGUUCCUUUACUGUGAUGACAUAGAAAUCCGGGAAGCAUUUUUAGCUGGAUUAAUUGAUGCAGAUGGAUAUGUAUCCAAAGAGGUAUCACAAAGUGGGAAAUACCAAGUGAAUAUCCAAACGAUAUAUCCAUCUGUUAUGAAAGGUAUUAUCAACAUAGCUAGAUCACUCAGUAUUAACACAACUAUAACUUCAAAACCUGAACGAAUUGCGAUCAUUAAAGGAAAAGAAGUCCAUUGUAAAUUGACAUACGAUUGUGGAAUGACGGGAACUACAGCGCUCCAGAAUGUUUUAUCGUACUGUCACAGUGGGCACAAAAUUAGACCCAAACCAGCCAAUAUCGAUAGAGGUCCAACAUAUUUUACAUUUGACCAUAAUAAAAGAGGUUUAAAUCAUGUUUAUUCCAUAAAACUUGAAAAUUCGAAGAAAAUCGUACUAGGAAAUAAAAUGUCUCUAAAUAACUGUAAUAUUAAUUGCAUGAGUGAACAGAAGAAGUUAUCAAAAACAAAAAAUUCGAAACAAUGUUUGGCCUGCAGAUAUAUAGGAAUAGGGAGAUUCUACCGAGAUUGGACAGGUAAAAAUAAGCUUUGUUCACGAUGUUAUGCCAGGUAUAAAUUCAGUGGUUACAGAUGCAAAUCUUGCAACUUUGUACCAGAUUCAAGGGAGAUCAAACGAAAGUGCAAUCAACAAGAAGAAAAUAUAGAAGAAUUACAUGUUAACAAAAUAUUAGAAUGCAGCCAUUGCAUGGGAGUUCUAGCCUAUGACGUAAUAAGAGGUCCAAACAGGCAAGUUCAUAUGAUUCAUGCUAUGUAG